AUGAACGGGUUCUCAAAGCACGAGCUUGACGAGGAUGCGUUUGGGGAGAAGAGUGAUGUUGGAGGUGGUUUGAGAACAUUUGAUGCCUUUCCGAAAACAAAACCCAAUUACACAACUGCAUCUCGUCGCGGCGGACAAUGGACUGUAAUCAUCUUCGCAAUUUGCACAUUCCUCACAUUCGGCGAGUUCGUCAACUGGUACCGAGGCACUGAGAACCAACACUUCAGCGUCGAAAAGGGUGUAUCCCGCCAACUACAAAUGAACAUCGACAUGGUCGUCAAAAUGCAUUGCAAUGAUCUCCGAGUCAACGUGCAAGAUGCCUCGGGGGACCACAUCAUGGCCGGCAUGCUACUGAUGAAGGACGGCACGAAUUGGGAACUGUGGAAUGAGAAGCUCAAUCAGCAGUCCUCGAGUGGUGUGCCGGAGUAUCAAACGCUUAAUGCGGAGGAUGUGAAGCGAUUGAUGGAUCAGGAAGAUGAUGCGCAUGCUAGGCAUGUCUUGUCGCAUACGCGCAGGAAUCCUAAGAGGAAAUUCCCCAAGACUCCUAGGUUGUCGUCGAAAUAUCCUACAGACUCUUGCCGUAUUUAUGGUAGUCUGGAGUCAAAUAAAGUACAUGGUGACUUUCAUAUCACGGCACGCGGCCAUGGCUAUAACGAAGUCGGUCAACAUCUAGACCACUCAAAUUUCAACUUCACUCACAUGGUUACCGAACUCUCCUUCGGCCCUCACUACCCAUCCCUCCUCAACCCUCUCGACAAAACAGUCGCAUCCACCGAAACCCACUACUACAAAUUCCAAUACUUCAUCAACGUUGUUCCCACAAUAUAUGCAAAGGGCAACAACGCUGUUGAAAAAUACACCGCAAAUCCAGCCAAAGCCUUUGAGAAAUCGCGUAACACCAUCUUUACGAACCAGUAUUCGGCAACUAGCCAAUCGCACCCUCUGCCCGAGAGUCCCUUCAACACACCUGGAAUCUUCUUCAAAUACAAUAUUGAGCCAAUCUUGCUGUUUGUGAGUGAGGAGCGGGGUAGCUUUUUGGCUUUGUUGGUGCGGUUGGUGAAUGUUGUUUCCGGUGUGAUUGUGACAGGUGGUUGGUUGUAUCAAUUGACUGGAUGGGCGACGGAGGUGGUGUUGAGACGCAGGAGACGUGGAGGGUAUUCGCAAGGUGUUUUGAAUGGAAGGACUCAUUCGGCUGAAGAUGAGGAGUGA